AUGGCGGACGAGCAACCCCUCGCGAGGCGCAGCAGCGUCCUCAAGUCAGUCUUUGUCUGUUUGUUCAUCAUGUCGGGCUCGUUGCUCUUCGGCAUUGACAGCGGUGAAAUUGGAGGAUUCAUGGCCAUGGAAAGCUUUUUGAAAGAUUUUGGAUACUAUGACCAGGCGACCCAAGCAUACAAUAUUGCCGCACACAUCCAACUUGCUUUGAACGGCAUGCUCUUCACAGGCUGUAUCUUAGCGAGUAUCUCGGCAGGUUAUAUUGGAACAAAAUAUGGCCGUCGAGUCGGCCUGUUCUGUACCGGAUUGGUCUCUAUCAUUGGCGUUGUAUUCCAAGUCUCGUCAGCCCAUCUGGGCACCCUCUAUGUCGGUCGUAUCUUCACUGGAGCCGGAGUCGGGUUUGCCUCCAACUUCGUCCCGACCUAUAACGCCGAAGUCUCACCGACGCAUCUUCGUGGCAUGAUGAUCGGCUUGUAUCAGACUGGCGUCAACAUCGGACAAGUUAUCGGGACUUGCAUAAACGAAGGGACACAUAAUAUGUCUUCGAGAUGGGCGUAUCGGAUUCCGUUGAUGACACAACUAUUUUUCCCCAUCGUCCUGUGCUCCUUCGUGUGGCUGUUCCCAGAGACACCUCGUUGGCUUCUAUCCACGAACAAGCAUGAAGCUGCCGCCAGAGCAGUCCGACGAUUGCGUGGGAAAUCGUACCCUCAAGAUCAAAUCACCGAGGACAUUGAUGAGAUCGCGAAACACAUUGAAGCGGAGAGACUGCUGGAGUCGUCAGGCUCCCUCUUCGAUAUCUUUCGAGGCUCGGAUCUCCGAAGAACACACAUUGCUUGUGGAACCGUUGUGUGGCAAGUGUUGAGCGGCAUCUCCUUCAUCAAUGGCUAUGGAACCUACUUCUUUACCGUAUCGGGAAUCAGCAGCCCGUUCGUCAUAAGCAUCAUUUCGCAAGUCUGCCAGCUGGCAGGACUCAUUCUGAUGUUUCCUUCUCUGCAAUACAUGGGGCGGAGAACCAUCUUGCUCUGGGGAGGCGCAGGACAGACGGUUUGUAUGUUCUUGUUCGCCAUCGUUGGCACCGCAGCUCCAGGGAGCGUAGCUGCUGCUCGUUGUCUGGUCGCCUUCACUUGUCUGUAUGGAUUCUUCUUCACCUGGUCGUGGGGUCCAGUCGGGUGGAUUGUGACGUCGGAAGUUGCUUCAAACACGUUGAGGUCAAAGACUCAAGGAUUGGCAUCAGCCGCAAGCUGGCUGGGCACCUUGGUUGUUUCCCUCUCCGUGCCUUAUCUCAUUAACACCGAUGAAGCCAAUCUCGGAGCAAAGGUGGGAUUCAUCUUCGGCGCUCUCUGCCUUCUAGGCUUCCUCUGGGCAUACCGGUAUUUGCCAGAGACCAAAGGUCGAAGUUUAGAGGAGCUUGAUGAGCUCUUCAUGAACGUGAGUUGA